CUCCGCCUCCUUCUCUGGCAUGGAGAAUAAAAGCUCACCGGAAACAUCCCAAAUGCAUAAGUGGUUCUCAUCUUUUUUGGCAGCCUAAAACCUGAGUGGAGUUUAAAGAAAACUAAAUUGGACCAUCCAGUUUCCUUCCCAGGAUCAUCUGGACAGCACACAGAGAAGAAUAGAAGACACACUACACAACCAACAAGGCAACAGAAGGGUGUGGGAAGUCAGUUAAUGAACCAAACGCGAAAUCAGUCAAAGCUUCAAAGCUGAGCUUCGGUCACGUCCAGUGUACUGCUUUAUGAUGGAUUCUUCCAAAUCUUCUGACUAUUGUGAAUACUUUGGCAAAAUCCAUGGAAUUCUAAUGUAUAAAGAUUUUAUAAAACAUUGGGAUGAUGUGGAGACAUUCCAGGCAAGACCAGAUGACAUUGUCAUUGCCACCUAUCCUAAAUCUGGUACAACCUGGGUUAGUGAAAUUGUAUACAUGAUCUGCAAAGAGGGUGAUGUGGAAAAAUGCAAAGAAGAUGUCAUUUUUAAUCGAAUACCUUACUUGGAGUGCAGAAAAGAAGAGCUGAUGAAUGGAGUAAAACAAUUAAAACAGAUGGCAUCUCCUAGAAUAGUGAAGACUCAUCUGCCAGCUGACAUUCUUCCAGCCUCAUUUUGGGAAAAAAACUGUAAGAUGAUCUAUCUUUGCCGGAACGCCAAAGAUGUUGCUGUUUCCUUUUAUUAUUUCUUUCAAAUGGUAAAUGCUCAUCCAGAUCCUGGAUCUUUUGAAGAGUUUGUGGAGAAAUUCAUGGAUGGACAAGUGCCUUAUGGUUCCUGGUAUAAACAUGCAAAAUCUUGGUGGGAAAAGAGGAAGAAUCCACAUGUACUUUUUCUCUUCUAUGAAGACAUGAAGGAGGAUAUCAGAAAAGAGGUGAUAAAAGUGAUACAAUUUCUGGGAAGGAAGCCAUCAGAAGAGCUUGUGGACAAGAUUAUACAACAUACUUCAUUCCAGGAGAUGAAGAACAACCCAUCUACCAAUUAUACAACACUACCAGAAGAAAUCAUGAACCAAAAAGUUUCUCCCUUCAUGAGAAAGGGGAUUGCAGGAGACUGGAAGAAUCACUUUACAGUAGCACUGAAUGAGAAAUUUGAUAUACAUUAUGAGCAGCAAAUGAAAGGGUCUACUCUAAAGUUAAGAACUGAAAUCUAAGAAGGGUUUUCUUAAUAUACCUAAGGUUAAAGCUUUCUUCUCAUCGUUCCUCACUUUUUUCAAAUUUUGGAUUGGUAGAGAAGGAAUCAUAUUAAGGAUCAUGAUUAGAUUCACAUGAUUAUUGAAAUGUUCAUAUAAAAACAAGAUUUUUGUCCAGGCUAUGGUCUUUUUUGUUUUCUUUCUUUUUCUUCCUUUUUUUACAAAUAUUGCACAAAUAUAUAACCUAUAAAUUAC